UGAGUACUCACACACUGUCAAUGGCAUCCAAGUGAACAAUUAUGGUUUGUAAAAUUGUUGUUGUUAAAAGUCUCCUUCUCUUCUAUUUACUGGUGAGCAUCUACGACCAGUCGGCUGGUAACAGAGAGAAGACUGCUCACCGGCUUAGGAGACAGAUUAUAAAGGGAGGCCGGUGUCCAUUAUGGACCACCAUCAGGAACUGUUCUACCCUUAAGCAAUGUAAUUGGGAUGUGGACUGUUCUGGUGCUCAGAGGUGCUGUAAGAGCACCUGUGAAACACGUUCGUGCCACGAGCCUAUACUUCCAAUCAGACCCAAUGAAGAUGCCUGUCCAAAAGACGAAGCAACGAUGGCAUCAAAUAAAGAAAAUUCUGACUGUAGACUGACAAGAACCAGAUUCUGUUUUAAAAGGAAUUGCAAAAGAUGCUGUUUUCACCAUAGCACGUGCAACCCUCACCGCGAGCUUCUUAUGUCUAGAGAAGCGUGUCAAAAAGUUCUUUGUUCUCGGAGGAAAUGUGAAUACCCUGGGGAAGUUUGCAGGUUGGAUAGAUACGAUUCUCCCAGGUGUUCCUGUCAGUCUAAAUGUCCAACACCUCGCCCGGAAGAGUCAGUGUGUGGAACGGAUGGCAUACCAUACAAGAGUUAUUGUGAACUAAAUAGAACAGCUUGUAUUCUGGGGGCAAAGGAUAUCACCAUCUAUCACUAUGGAAGCUGUAAGCCAAAUGGGGUGAGGCUGAAAGUCAGCGCAGCGCAUAAAAGCAGGCAAGUACUUCCCGCUUAUGAAAAAGGAGAACUGAGAUGCCGCUUCGAUGGUGAUCCUUUAAGCAUCACGUGGAAAAAGGUUGGGCUUCGAGGACUGCCAAACCGAAUGAUACCAGAAAUGGACAAGUUGAAUAUCCAGGAUGUAGACAUGCGCGAUGGUGGGAUGUAUAAAUGCCAGGCAUAUGACGGAUUUUUGACAGUGGAAGCCGAAAUAUCUGUCAUUGUCAACGGGCCAACUCCUGCUAGCAACAGAAGCAGCAUGUCUCGUGCUGAUUGUUUACAACCCCGGAGCACCGGAUACUGCAAGAGGCACGGUGUUCGGUGGUACUUUGAUGGUAAAGAUGGUGUCUGCAGGUCAUUUGCUUACGGUGGAUGUGGUGGGAACACAAAUAAUUUCGAGACCCAGGAAGCCUGUAAUUCAGCGUGCAGUCAUGCGGCUGGUGAUAUCUGCAGUUUACCAAAGGUCGAGGGCCUUUGUAAAGGUUUCAUACCACAAUGGUUUUACAAUUCGGAUAGAGGGCGUUGUGAGCAGUUUGUGUAUGGAGGAUGUGGGGGCAAUGCAAACAAAUUUAACACCAAAGCGGCAUGUCUAAUGCGUUGUGCAGCGAAUCCCUCGGCGAACACCCCAUGUCUGCGACGUCAGUUUGAAGCCAGACGAAAUAAGCGUCUUGGAGUAUUUGUGCCGAGAUGCCUGUCUGACGGAAGAUAUGCUGGCGUGCAGUGUCACGGAUCGAUUUGCUUUUGUAUGGAUGAAGAAGGGGACGAAGUUUCUGGUACCAGAGUUAGCCGCCAUCUUCCGCUUAACUGCACGGGAACAAAUCAACUUCCGCCCGUUGGUGAUUCGACUCCAUGUCAGAAGGCCCAACGAAAGAACAGCGUUGUACCAUUUGGUUCUUAUCUGGUUCGCUGUAAGCAAGACGGAAGCUAUGAAGAGGUGCAGUGUAAUGGAUCCUCUGGAUUCUGCUGGUGUGUGCAGAAAAAUGGUACCGAGCUUUCUGGGACCAAAACUAGGGGACCUCUCCUGUGUCCUACUUUAGAUAUCCGUUUGACACACUGUCAAAAAAAGUUCCUCGACAAUUCCAGAAGCCUGCAACCAAAUGUGGAAAUACCAAGAUGUCGGCGCGAUGGAAAAUUUCAGGAAGUUCAAUGUCGAGGAGAGAUGUGCUACUGCGUCGACGCAGAUAGUGGGAGAGAAGUGAGGGAUACAGAAAUAAAUACGUUAGUUGGGGAACCAAGAUGUGGCGAUGCUGGUCGAGGUCUAACCCGUUGUCAACGAAUGCAUCGAGAGGCUUUACGCUCUCUUACCAUGAACACUCGAGUUCCACAGUGCAAGUUUGACGGAAGCUUUGAAAAGAUUCAAUGUCAUGGGCUCAGCGAUGAGUGCUGGUGCGUGGAUCACCAGGGCAUCGAGAUUGCAGGAACAAGACGCAUGGGGCCUUUGCAAUGCGCAGGCGUAGGGAAGCCUUUGACACCUUGUCAAAUAGAAUACCAGAAGUACUUACGGCGUUCAUGGCAGUCCUUUAAUCGAUAUGCCCCGCGGUGUAGCCCUGAUGGGGCUUAUGAAAAAGUCCAGUGCUCAGGAGGAGUAUGUUACUGUGUCACUCCACAAGGGAAAGAGAUUCCUGGAACAAAAACUAUCAAUUUGGCCAGACAACCAAACUGCACUCACACAGAUGCUAAUAUUACACCAUGCGAGAGGAAACGUCGAGAUUCUAUCCAUUAUUCCAAGAAGUUUGUUCCUUUCUGUAAACCCGACGGGAGUUGGUCUGAGAUUCAGUGCGAACUAUCUUCGGGGAGCUGCUGGUGCGUGGACAGUGAAGGGCAUGAGAUAAUUGGUUCAAGAAGCACCAGCCUGAAAAGUUGUCCCAAUUUUGAUAAACUCAGCCCUUGUAGAAAGAGAUUAGUUUACUGGUUAAAGAAUCCGCAUCCAGAUGAACAUCUCCCUUGGUGUCGAGCAGACGGUUCAUUUAAUCAUAUGCAGUGCUAUGGCUCUCAUUGUUAUUGUGUUAAUGAGAAAGGAAAUGAAAUUCCUGGAACCAAGAUCAGCGUGUCAGCGGGAAGACCUGUGUGCACCUAUUCUGGGGGUCGCGUGACGUCUUGCCAACGUAAGUAUCGCGAGGCUCUUUUGCAGUCCUUCCGACCUACCUUGGUCCCACGAUGCAAACUUGAUGGACGGUACGAAGAAGUUCAAUGUCAAGGCUCUACCAAAGAAUGCUGGUGUGUUAACCACGAUGGGAAUGAACGUCCUGGGACUAGGACAACGAAGCCUUUGAAAUGCCCCAUAAUAGGAGCUCAAUUAUCUAAGUGCCAACGGCGAUACAGAGAGUAUGCUAAGAAUCCAAUUCCUGGUCAAUUGAUCCCUAGAUGUAGAAACGAUGGAUCUUUCGAAUCCGUGCAAUGUCGAAACCUUGACUGCUAUUGCGUCGAUGAAAAUGGAGACCCGAUUGUGGGAACUUCUUUACCUGCUAGGCUUGGAAAACCCAAAUGUCGCCUUCCAGGUGAAGAUCCUCUUUCGUCCUGUCAGAAACAACAUAAGGCUGCUCUUAGAUUCCCAGCAACACCCUCCCGCUUCAUUCCUGCCUGCAAACGCGAUGGCAGGUUUGAAGAGAUUCAGUGUCUUCGAGCCACAGGUGAAUGUUGGUGUGUGGACGCUUCUGGAAAGGAGAUGAAAGGAACAAGGACCACUGGCUACAUAAUUUGUCCAUCGUCAGCUGCUUCUCUUACAUCAUGCCAAAUGGAAUAUCAAGAGAGACUCAGAAAUUGGCUUUUACCAGGUCCCUAUAUUCCUCAGUGCUCGCAUCAAGGACAAUAUGAGCCCAUGCAGUGUUAUGAAUCGUAUUGCUUCUGUGUCAAUGAACAUGGAGUGGAAUUGGUAGGAAGCCGAGUAGAUAAAACAGAAGGAAAACCAAAUUGCAAUGAUGGAGUUUCUACGUUGACGGUGUGUCAGAAACAGUUACAAGACUAUUUACGGAAUCCUAUGCCUGACGGUUUCGAACCGCACUGUAGUAAGACUGGCGCCUUCCAAGAAAUUCAGUGCCAUGGUCCGUUUUGUUUUUGCGUCAAGCGAGAUGGGAUCGAAGUACCAGGGACGAGACAAAUUCUGGUGAUGGGUAAGCCAGUCUGCUCAAAGCAAGGUUUCUCAUUGACAAGAUGUCAUAAGCAGCUGCAGGAAGCAAUAAACCAUUCGCAAGAUCCUGACAAAUUUUUGCCUCGAUGUAAAUACGACGGUAGUUACGAAGAGAUACAAUGCCACAAGGCAACUGGGAAAUGUUGGUGCGUAGACCGAGACGGAAACACACUUCCCUCUAAAGCUACAAAUAAAAACGUCACGUGCCCAUUUACAACUGACACUAAAUCAUCCUGCUGGAGUCGCUAUCAACAAAACGUCAGAAGCAGUCCGGCUGGUUCUCAUAUUCCAUGGUGUAAAGCUGAUGGAAGUUUCAUCCCUUUCCAAGUCCAGGCGUCUCAGUUUUUUUGUGUAAAUAGAAGAGGAGAGGAACUUCCCGGCAUGAGUGUUGACAUUAGCUUAGGAAAACCAGAUUGCCGAGCUGCAACAACCCACGGAUUCAUAGCAACACCGUGCCAACGUGAACGCGCUCGUCGCACCCAUCUUUCUUCAUACGUUCCCCGUUGCCGGGUUGAUGGCACCUAUGAUGAAGUACAAUGUGAUGUAAAUAAUGGUCAGUGUUGGUGCGUGGAUCGAGAUGGUAGGGAAAUAAACGCUACCAGAGAUGAAGGUGUUAUUCGUUGUCCAACUAAAGAAAGUCUCACACUUUGCCAAAAGCGUCAAAAGGAAGCCAUCAAACGAUCCUCAAAUGGACCUAACAUUUGGAACUUCGUGCCGAGAUGCCGUCAAGAUGGUGGCUUCCAUGAAGUCCAGUGUCAUGUGGGGACAGGCCAGUGCUGGUGUGUGGACAAAAAUGGAAAUGAACGUUUUGGGACAGUGGCGCGGGGAUUGCCUAAUUGUUCAGGAAACUUCACUACUUGUCAGCGUCAAAGAGCACGAGCACUUGGUCUGGCGGGGAAUCCACUCCCUGGUGCGUACGUUCCGCACUGUAAACCCGACGGCAGUUACAAUGACGUACAGUGUCAUGCUUACAUUGGUCUUUGCUGGUGUGUUGACGAGAAAGGGGAUGAAAUACUGGGAACUAAGAAGUGGGGGCGUCUUAGUUGCGUUAGAUCCUCAUCAGACAACUCAAAUCCAAUCGAUCUUGGCAUCUUGAUUGACUCUUCGGACUCAGUAGCAAAGAAAUAUUGGCCAAAGAUGUUAGAGUUUGUGUCUACGAUCGUGGAUUCCUUCGACAUUUCUGCCGGAGGAACACAUGUUGGACUAAUUGUAUUCAGUCGCGAUGCGGAAAUACCUCUGUAUUUUAAUACUCUACAAGGAAAUAACCUAACUGCCGAUAACGUGAAGAAAUUUGUUAGUAAUCUUAAGUAUAUGGAGGGUUGGAGUCGUUUCGAUCUGGCUAUGUCAGUUGCUGAAGACGAGUUAUUCAGCGGGGCGUCCGGAAUGAGAAACGGAAUACCUAAGAUCUUACUUGUCUUAACAAGUAGUACACAGGAAAGAAAUCAAGGACCCACCACACCACUGUCAGCGGCAUCGCAGGGUCUUAGAGAUAGGGACGUGUCGAUGUAUGUGAUCGGCGUUGGAGACAAAAUAGAAGUCCCCGAGCUACUAGAUUUGGCCUCAGAUUACAGGAAUGUAUUUGUCACAAGUAACUUCAACACCCUUCUUUCCAGUGGUGUAGAAGUAACAGCCAUAAUGAGAAAUGGCACCGAAGCUGUUUCAAGAAACAGGAUUUGUAAUCUGCCUUCGGAGCCUGGUCAACUUGGCUGUCUGGCAUCGAUAACUGCACAUUACUUUGAAGCCAGCCUAGGAGAAUGUCAAAAAUUUAUUUAUAGUGGAUGUGGAGGAAAUGCCAACAACUUCCCAACCUACAAAAAAUGCAUGGAUAAUUGUAAAGAUGUCCUUCCUUCCUGUCUUGCCGAGCAGAGACGUGUCUUUGGUUUGCAAGUGGGUCAUUUCGUUCCCAAAUGCAAACUAAGUGGUAGAUACGAAAGCAUGCAGUGUUACCGAAAAACAGGCUUUUGUUGGUGUGUUGACGAGUACGGCAAAGAGUUGCAUGGAACCAGGGUCAAAGGAACCCCUAUUUGCAGCAUGGCCGAUGCGUCCAGAAAAUUAACUCCUUGUCUUGAAGAAAGAAGAAAAGCCUUGGGUUUUAGCGGCGUUCCAUCUAUCGGAAAAUUUGUCCCAGAAUGUAACCCGGAUGGAGAAUAUGCAGAAGUACAAUGCUUUGGAAACACCAACUUCUGUUGGUGCUCAGAUAAAAGAGGAUACGAGAUUCAUGGUACACAUCGCUGGGGUACUCCGAAAUGCCCAUCCAGAGUUCAUCGGGGAAUAUGUCCAUUCGUAUCAGACCCGAAGAAGUGUCCAGCGGAAAUGAGUGAACAGACAUGUUCACAAGACAGUGAUUGCUCCGAAUUUUCAAAAUGCUGUUACUGUGGUUGUGUACGGCGUUGUACUCCUAUUUUAUCAGAUGAACCAGAAGUAUCAGAUUGUGCCCUUGAAAAUGAGAAGUCGCUUUCAGCGGCAUGCUCACACGUCCAAGUUAGUGGCCGUUUCCAUCCAAAAUGCAAGGUUGAUGGUAGUUACGAAGGUUGUCAGUGUCUUGAGUCUAGUGGUGUCUGCUGGUGUGUUGAUAGAGAUGGAAAUGAAAUCCCGGGAACUAGACAAACUGGAAAACCAAACUGCACCAUGCCAGUUUCUUUGACACCGUGUCAGAAGGAAAACAAGAGGGCUGUAACUAUGCGUAGUAGAACAGUGGUCGGAUUGAUUGUCCCAAGAUGUCUAUCAGAUGGUUUGUUUGACCCGGUACAGUGUAACAAUAACACUGGAUUCUGCUGGUGUGUUGACAAGCACGGAAGUGAACUAGUUGGGACUCGGCAGUGGGGAAGACCAAACUGUACUGAUAUAGAUAAAAGAGUUACUGUUUGUACCUCCCGCCGGGAAGAAUGUCUUGGCAACGCCCCACGCGGACAUUUUGUUCCCCGCUGUAAGGCUGAUGGCUCUUUUGACGAUGUGCAGUGUCUUCAAGCAACAGGAGAAUGCUGGUGUGUUGACACAAACGGGGAAGAAAUACCGGGGACCCGAUCUAUUGGGAAGCUGGACUGCUCUGUAAUUGCCUGGCUGAGUCCGUGUCAAAUCCAGCGUCGUCAAGCUCUGGGUCUUAAAAGCGUACCAACUGUGGGAGUGUAUGUCCCUGAAUGCAAGGCCGAUGGAGGCUUCGAGGCAGUCCAGUGUAACAUGGCAGCAGGGUACUGCUGGUGCGUCGAUGACAGUGGCACUGAAGUAAAGGGGAGCAAAGUUAGAGGCAGACCCAGAUGUGGAAAAGAAAAAUUGUGCAAGAAGAGGUUCGACGAGAUACUGUCAUCCUUCCCUGCAACUCCUUUGGGUUUGUUUGUACCGAAAUGUUUAGAUGAUGGUGGUUAUCGAGCUAUUCAGUGCCAUAACUCUACCGGAUACUGUUGGUGUGUGGAUGACUUCGGGAACGAAUUAGCUGGAACACGAGUUAGAGGACAGCAGAAUUGUUCAGCUUCCACAGAUCAAAAAUUUACCUUGUGUCAAAGCCGCUACAACCACGCCUCCGAGAUAAACGAGCGUGGUCGGCCCGUGCCACUCUGUAAAACUGAUGGAUCAUUUAAAACAACCCAAUGCAACUCAGUGACCGGAGAGUGUUGGUGCGUUGAUGUGGAAGGAAAUGAGAAGCCCGAAACCAGAAAAGUUGGGGAUCCAAACUGCGAAUCUAAAGAUGUUGAGACAAACUGCCAGCUUCUGCCAGACCCAGGACCAUGCGAGGUGUUUGAGCCGUCUUGGUUCUUCAACAAGACUAGCGGAGUGUGCGCAGUAUUUACUUAUGGAGGGUGCAAAGGCAACGCCAACAGAUUUACUAGUUAUGAUGAGUGUCAAGCAGAUUGCCAUGGUCGGAAUUUAACUUUCUGUGAAUUGCAACGCGAGAUAAACACCGCGAGCUCCAACGGUUUCAUUCCUCGCUGUAAAGAUAACGGGGAUUUUGAGCCUUUACAGUGUCAACGUACAUUGGGCGAGUGCUGGUGUGUAGACGAGUCUGGCAUAGAGUUGCCUGAUUCUCGAACGGGUGGCACGCCUGAUUGUAGCGGAAUAGACGCUAUCGGAGGACGACGAAACAGAUGAAAGAUGACCACUGUAAAGUAAAAAUUCAAUUAACAACUGUAACUGAUCCAUCUGAGCAUUGCUUGCAUUGUUUGCCGAAAAGCAUUAAAUAAGUGUUUCAUUCUU